AUGAGUGAUGUAGAAACAAUGAAACUUCCAUUGGAUAAUCAAUAUCAAACUGUAUUAAUUCCUAAUGAUCACUGGGUUCCUGUGGCACAUAAUCGAUUGAGUAAGCGCUGUAGAAUUUUACUUGGAGUCUCUGCAGUGUUUGGUAUAACUAUGUUACUUCUCGCGCUACUUUUACACACACUUCUUAUCAAUGGCAAAUCAACAUCCUCUACAAUUACCACAACUACUACAAUCACAACCACUGAAACUACAUCAACCUCUACAAAACCACCCUCGACAACACCCAAUAGUUCUGAUCCUGUUAUGAGUAAAAUCUUUUAUGAAUUAGUAAAUACUGUUCGUCGUACAACAAUGGGUGCAUAUAUGCGACGUACUCCAUGUGAAAAUCGUGCCACAUGUGUUGAUCGAUCAGAUGAAAAUUAUAAAUGUCUAUGUUCUUUUAGUUGGCAAGGACGUCAUUGUAAUGAGAGAUUUCAAAUAACAUUUCCACAUUUUAAUCGUCAAUCUUAUUCUGAACUUAAAUUACAAAUGUCAACAAAACAUACUGAUAAUCAAUUAUUACGUAUUGAUCUUAUCUUUUUUCAUCUUGAUGAAGGUUUUCAAGGUUGUAUACAUGAAUUAUCUAUAAAUGAACGACGAUUAACAUUCAAUAAUUCUGAACAUAAUACAAUUCUUAGUACUCAAAAUAUUGAUGAAUGUGUUGCAAAUCCAUGUCGAUCAGAUAUUGCAACAUGUCGAAAUGAAACUCGUUAUAUACCAAUAAGAAAUAAUGAUGCAAAUAGUUAUAAAUCUAUAUGUGAUGCUUAUUUAUCAUCAACAAAUACUGAUUGUUUAAUAUCAUCCAUUGAUCGAUGUGCAACAAAAUCAUGUUAUUAUGAUCAACAAUGUAUUAAUGUAUAUCCAGAUAAUUAUACAUGUGUUUGUCUAAAUUGUUCAUCAGAUAACCCAUAUAUAGCAAGAUUUCAUGCAAAUAGUUAUAUUAAACGUUCAUCUCUUCAACCAGUAGAACACACAGGAAAAUUUUCUAUUGAACUAUGGUUUCUUAGUGAAAAUCCAUCAGUUAAAUUAGAUAAAAAUUCCGAUGAAAAUUUUCUAAUAUCAAAAAAACGUGAUGAUGAUGGUCAAUGCUAUCGAGUUGAAAUUGAAAGAUUUCUUCCAUAUUCAACAUAUAUUUAUAUUGGUGGUUUUCAUCGUUUAUGUAGUUAUAAUGAACAAUAUUGUCAUACAUAUAGUGGAUGUUUAAAAAACUUUUUUAUUGAUAAAUAUUUUCUUGAUUUACUUAAUGAUGAAAUAAAUCAACAAUAUUCAUUAAAACAAUGUCAAACUACCGCUGGAUAA